AUGAAGGUCCCGCUUACCGCCACCGUUUUGGUCCUAACUAUUUGGCUAAUUGCUUCACCUAAUAGUUCAUGUAGUGCUAGAAGAGUCGUGCCAGAUGAUUUCGAUUUGUUUGAUUAUGGUGCUGUUCAUCACAACACCCCAACUGAUGAUGAGGGUUUUUCUCAAGAGGCCUUCCGAGAAGGAUGGGAGACUGAAUCAACAACAAGAGGCUCAUUCAAUCGUGGGAAUGCCCAAAGUGAAGAAUAUGAUCCACAAGCCUUCCUGGAAGCAUGGGAAGCAAAAACAAAUACUUUCAAUGUGGUAGAUUACGGUGCUGUUGGGAAUGGCCUGGUAGAUGAUACAAAGGCCUUCCUCAAGGCAUGGGGAGCUAUGUGUGCUUCAUCAACUCAAGGCACCCUUACCCUGGUGGUACCAAAGGGCAAAAGAUUCUUGUUAAAUGCUGUGGCGUUUGAAGGGCCUUGCAGGGCUGGUAAAGUAAAUUUUCAGAUACAAGGGAGUAUUGUUGCACCGAAUAACAUUGGUGCGUGGACAAACAAGGAGAUGUGGAUUCAUUUUUCGGAUGUACAAGGUCUAACGGUCAAUGGAGGAGGUCGAAUUGACGGAAACGGCGCCGUUUGGUGGAAAGCUUGCGGUAGCAAGGGCUGUCAAAGACCAACUGCUCUCCAUUUCAACAAAUGUCAUGGCUUCCAAUUGAGUCGUCUGGCAAUUUUUAAUAGCCCUAAAAAUCAUAUAAGCAUUUGUAGCUGCAAUGGCCCCCGAGUUUAUGGUCUCUUAAUUUGGGCUCCUAAAGACAGUCCAAACACAGAUGGAAUUGAUAUUUCCCGAUCAACCCGAGUCACCAUUCAAUCUUCUCAUAUAGCAACUGGUGAUGAUUGUAUUGCCAUCAAUAGCGGUUCAUCUUAUAUCAAGAUUAGGGAUAUUAGAUGCGGACCAGGCCAUGGUAUUAGUAUUGGAAGUCUAGGUGAACAUGGAGAAUACAGUCAAGUGGAAGAGGUGCAAGUGAGCAAUUGCAGCUUCAAGGGGACAACAAAUGGAGUGAGAAUCAAGACAUGGGAAGGCGGAUCGGGAUAUGCUAGGAAGAUCACUUUCGAGGGGAUCACAUUUGAAGACACCAAAAAUCCUAUCAUAAUAGACCAGCACUAUUUCGAUAAACGACCUACUUCAGCAAUGGACAUAAGCAAGUCGGUACAAGUUAGCGACGUGACAUACCGAAACAUAAAAGGAACUUGCACUGAUGAGAAAGCCAUAACUUUGGCCUGCGCAGGGGGCGGAUGCACAAACAUUGUGAUGAACAACGUGAGCAUAAAAUCGGAUCUUCCAAACAAGAGGUCUUAUGCUUACUGCGACAAUGCCCAUGGCACCUCUUCCUUCUCUUUGCCUUCUGUCCCAUGCCUUUCGCAUUGA